AUGGGAAAGAAUGUCAUCUUUAUGUCGUUGGCAAUGGUCUACUUGCUUAUCAACAAUGCAACAUCUCCAAAUAGCUUUACUGAUGAAUAUGCUCUUCUAGCUUUCAAAUCUCAAAUUACUUCCGAUCCAAAUAAAAUUUUGACAAAAAAUUGGUCACAACGAACCUCAUUCUGCAAUUGGAUUGGCAUUACUUGUGGCAGAAGACAUCAAAGAGUUAGGGGAUUGAAUCUAGCAGAUAUGGGUCUAGGAGCUAGCCAGCUUCAAGAAAUAGAGAUGCAGCACAAUGAGCUAACUGGUUCUAUUCCACCAACUUUUGAAUUUCUUGAAAAUCUAUUGACGUUAAAUAUCUCCCAUAACGGACUCACCGGAAAUAUUCCUAACAAGAUUUUCAACCACACUUCUUUGAUUGAAAUUAGUUUUGGAAACAAUAGUCUCUCAGGAAGUCUACCUAUAGAUAUUUGCUUCAAUCUUCCAAAGCUAGAGAGGCUAAGGAUUUCAGUGAAUCAAUUGAGCGGAAGCAUUCCAAUGGAAAUCGGGAAGUUGUCAAAGCUUCAAGUUCUCUAUCUCGAAGAAAAUAAUUUGGCAGGAAAUAUUCCAAAUGAAAUUGGAAACCUAUCAGCAAUUGAAGAUCUAGAAAUGCUCUACAACAAUUUGAGGGCUUUUACGAGCCUCAAUGGGCUUGUAUAUAAAAGCAUAAAGUGUGGUUUGGUGGCAAGGCUCGGCUUCAUGCUUAGACGCUCUUUUUAA